AACCAGGAAGCGCAGGAAACACUGCAGUGUUGCUACGGACGGACGAUGGUCUGCUAACCGCUCAUUCAGGGGAGCAUGGGGGGGUCCCAGAGCGUCGAGGUACCGGGCGGGGGGACUGAAGGCUACCACGUCCUCAGAGUGCAAGAGAAUUCCCCCGGUCACCGUGCAGGACUGGAGCCCUUCUUUGAUUUCAUCAUUUCCAUUUGUGACACUAGACUGAUGAUCGCAUGUUUUGAUCUCUGCAAGAACAAGGACAGCGACACCCUAAAAGAGCUGCUGAAGGUGAACAUGGAGAAGCCCAUCAAGGUGCUGUUGUACAGUAGCAAGACACUGGCAGUGAGGAAGGCAACAGUCACACCCAGCAACAUGUGGGCCGGCCAGGGGCUUCUGGGAGUCAGCAUUCGCUUCUGCAGCUUUCAAGGAGCAAAUGAAAAUGUUUGGCAUGUUUUGGAAGUGGAGCCAAACUCCCCUGCAGCCCUGGCUGGUUUGAGGGCUCACGCUGACUACAUUAUAGGAGCCGACACCGUCAUGAACGAGAGUGAAGAUCUGUUUUCCGUGGUGGAAACCCAUGAAGGGAAGGAGCUGAAGCUGUAUGUUUACAACACAGAUACGGACAACUGCCGCGAGGUGGUCAUCACGCCGAACUGUGAUUGGGGCGGAGACGGCAGUCUAGGGUGUGGGAUUGGCUAUGGCUACCUGCACAGGAUACCGACGCUGCCAUUUUUAGAGGGCAAGGGUAUCAGUUUCCCUGCACAGACUCCCAGUGAACCGGCUACUUCACCUACAGAUGGCUUCAAAGAGGUCCAUCUCUCGGCUGUCAUCCCGACCAUUCCUGUUGCCGUGUCUUCUUCUGCUUCCACUGGAUUAGAGCAGGCUCUCACCGGUGUGUCAGUCAGCUCUAACCCGACCACGUUUGUGAGCAAUCUACAGACAGGUCUUCCAUCUCUCUCCCUGCCGGGUGUAGCUCGGCCUCCACCUGACCUUGUUCUUCCACCAAUCACUGCUAGAGCAUCUCCUGCUAUGACACUGCAUACCAGUACCACAUAUCCCUCCUCCACUAUCCAAAUGAACAGUUCACUGACCAGAAGCCCCAUCCCAUCAUCAGUGGCCACCUCUGAAUCAAUAAAUAUCACAAUGACUGCAGACUCAUCUUAGCAGAGCACAACGAUUAGAGUGGUCAGCUUGCUCUUAACACAAUAUAGCCAUAAGCUGCACAACUCACUGGUCAAAUUGUUCCUACAGUUAGUUCUACAAGCUCCUCGGUGACACUGGAUCCAUGUGCUGUCGUCUCCAUAUGAAGCGUGACUGUGUCGGGCAGCGGAGGUUUUUUUAAAUAGUUCAUUACUUAAUAAUUGUUAACAAAUGUGGGCUUUUUGGUUGAAAGACAAAGUGUCAAAUAUGUGGGGAAACAGGUUAUUAUUGAACUGGAAGUCAGUUGCAUUAUUUAUUUUUUAGUGGUCAAAUUACUGCACAGCACUUCAAGUGUCACAAUGGUAAUUUUCAUUUCCUGAACUUACCCUCAAUAUUCUUUGCAACUCAUCCUUUCCAUUUCUUGCCGCUAGUUACAAUCAAAAUGACAGUAGUGAGUCUCAGUUGGCCCCGACAGCCGUCAGUGAGAGAGCAUCCAUCGAGCUGCAAUAGGGGCUCAGACACAGCUGAGAUUACACCUACACCAAAUGGUCCCAAUCAGCAGGUCUACUACUUAAUACAACGUUCAUAUUACAGCUCAGCCCCUCGAAUCAGAGGAAAUGCAGAAAAACAUUGCAAUCUACCACAAAAGAGAAAAGAAAAUGCCACCGUGACCUUUCAGUGGUUCUGUGAACAGCUUAGUCUUUAGGGGAAGGUGGGGUAGUAACUUAUACUACUGGGGAUUUUCCUUUGGAAAAGCACGUUUGCUUGCUGUAGCCAUUAAACAUAAAAAUAUUUUGAUUUCAUAAAUCGAUAUUGUUACCUUGAUUAAACUGAUGUAUUUUCUCUAUCUCA